AUCCAUGAUUUUACACAACCAUUGAAGCAGAUAACGGUUCUUCUGUUGAUUUGUAUUCAAGUCAGAGAUUUGAGAUGAUAAUGAUAAAGUUUUACUCUGUGUUUACUCUAAACUCUGGCUGUGAUUUGUAUGUGCGUGCACGUGUGUGCGCGCGUGCGUACAAUGAUGAUCCGGGAGCUACAGCUGUUGCACAUCCUGGAGAGAGAGAGAGAGAGAGAGAGAGAGAGAGAGAGAGAGAGAGAGAGAGAGAGAGAGAGAGAGAGACUGAGUUGUGUUGUUAUACGGAUCUCAAUGUACUAAGAAGCAUCUUCAGUGGUAAGGUCCAUGAUGAUGAUGAUGAUGAUGAUGAAGGCAAUGUUGGCUGGGUGUGUGAUUAUCUGGCUGUUUCCCAGCUGUGGUGUGUGUUUCUCUCUUGGCGCGAGUGUUUCUUCAUGUGUGAACAUGAAGCCUGGACACAUCAGAUCUCUACCACUACAUACACACACACACACUGCUAUAACAAUACGCAGCAGUCGCUCUGUGUACCUGCCGCAACACACACUCACAGUAACGGUGCAGAGCUCCCGGGCAUUUAUGGGCUUUCUGCUGCAGGCUCGCUCUGUGUUGGAGGAUCGGGUGGUUGGUGGUGAGUUUACACUUCACCCCGCCAGCACACACACGCUCUCCUGUCUCAACCCUGAUGAUACGGUCACACACUCGGACAAAAUGCUGAAGAGGAACCUGUCGUUCAGCUGGAGAGCUCCACCGCAGCCCAGCGGAGACCUGAGAUUUUACAUCACAUUGGUUCAGUCUUAUUUUGUGUACUGGGCUCGAAUCAGAUCAGCUGUGGUGCGUGAUGGGACACAGAGUCCUCACAUUAUUGACGGUGACACAACACAGCAUUCAGUGAAUGUGACAGCUUCCAUAUUGGAACAAAGAGUCCAAAACAUCUCACUGUCCACACACACAACCACAUCUACACACACAAGCACACUCGCACCAUAUAACACACACAACAAUAUACUUACAACAUUUAACACCCACGGCUCUACACACUCACAAUAUAACACACAGACCAACACACUUGCACCAUAUAACACACAGACCAACACACCCCCAACCUUUAACACCCACACCUCUAUACACUCACAAUAUAACACACACCCAACAUUAAACACACACACCAACACACUUGCACCAUAUAACACAGAGACCAACACACACCCAACAUUUAACACACACACCUCUGUGCAUUCACAAAAUAACACACACACUAACACACUUAUACCAUUUAACCCACAGACCUUAAUACAUGCACCAUAUACCACACACACAAACACACCUGAACCAUAUCACACACACACAAUCUCACCUAUUAAGAUGCACACAUUGAUUGACACUCAAACAUCUCAGUCCACUUCUACACAACCUGUCGCGGUUACUCCGUCACUCCAAAACACCUACAGCUCUCCAAACACAAAGACAACGAGUCACAUUAACAACACACAAACGUUCCCCGAUCUCCUGCUACACACUGACAUAGACACAUCAUCAACCCAACAAACAUUACAUACUCACAUCCCAAACAAACACAACGUCCAGACGUCACACAGCUCUCACACACAUCCAUCUAUGACCUCACACACCGUUAAUCCGUUCCUCCAUCCCAAACCCUCUCCGGCCUCUCGCAGAUUCCCGUCUGACCUCUUCCCAUCACAGAAGCCUACAAAGGCUGCCGUCUCCUUAUCCCACAGACCUCGAGUCUCUUUAGGUCUGCCUAGAGAUCUUCUCAAACCACCAGACCGUGCCAAAGAUCCGCCUGGAGCUCCAGAGAAAGGAGGAGAGAAGCCCGAGCGUGUGCCCAGCCAGAGUUCACCUGAGCUGGGUUUACUGCUGGGCCUCUCCACCGCGCUGGGUAUGGCCAUAGCUGUGGGUCUCAGAUACCUGCAGAAGAAACACUGUCGCAAACGGACCGCCAUCUCGCUUAAUGACCGUAACCAUGACAACAGAGGCAUCAUUCACGUGCAGGAGUGCGGAGACCUGGUGCAGGUGCGCAAAAUCCGACAAAACAGUUUCCUGGUGCUGCAAGCCGAGUACGACCUUAUAACACCGCCAGGAAACUAAAGAGAUUCACAUACACUGAACAUGAGCUCUAGUGAGAUGUCUACAUGUAUUUUACUCUUUAUAUGAAUAGACAAAGAGGCAGAGAGCGCUUCUGCAUUACGAUCAAAUAUAUCUGUCAUGUUAAACAAUCUGAAAUCUAUAGAUUAGCAACAUUAAGCAAUCUGCCUGAUAGGAUAAUGUAUGUAGAAAGAAAGUGUUAAAAGUUAAACAUUAAUAGUUUUCAUGUGUAAUAACGGUAAAACAGGGUGGAAUUCAUUUUAUGUCUAUCAGAGCUUCUUAUACUUUCAUACGUUACUGAACUAGUUGUUAGUAUACUUCACUUUAGACUUGGAAUAUUUGUGUGUAUUCAGUACAAAUGAAAAAAAUCUCAAAUUAUGAUGCAUUUUCUUGAAGAGAAAAAAAAUAAGUAUAGUUUUUAGAUAAAAAAUCUAAAUUUAAAUUAAUUUGUGCUUAAAACAACCACAAAACUUUUUUUCUAAAUAAUUCAAGAAAAAUUUU